GCAGCGCGCGCGUCAGCUAUGCCCCCGCCUAGCUCACUUCCUGCUCGCGCGAGUAAUAUAGAUGCGCAAGACUCGCGGAAUGUCAAAUGGAACAAUGUAACGGACCGGAGUGUGAGCCUUAACCGGGGGUUACUUAUUAAUCCAUGUCCAGGCCAUAGCCCUACAUAAGGGUUGGAAAACGACAAUUCAAGCUCAGGAAACAAGCAUAAACUGGGAGGGUUAUGAUUGGUCCGCAUAAGGAUUCUGCCCUAGCAGUGCAUUCUUCAUCUCCUCGAAUUUAAGCAAUUUCCUAAGGUAACGUUACUGGAGGUGACGUGGAACAACUCGACCCUAUCACACGCAGUAACUCUAUCCUGACUCCCCUGGACCUUUAAAUACACCUCCAAAAACGUAUUUGCCACGUGGUGUAAGGUGAGAAGCUUCCAACCCGUGACAACUGUCGAGGACUGGUUUGAAAGGACUAGUGAAAUCGUCCCGUGACAAGAAAGAACGGAACAAGACAUUCUGUGUACGGAAACUUCAGACAUGAACGUAAAUUCAGCGUGUUGACGUCCUGACGGGUUGACAACCAGAUGCUAUCCUAGUCAACAGCAGUCUAGUUUGUUUCUGGUUCGCUACGGACAAUACUAACUUUUCUGUGUUCGCUCAUGAAAGUAAUGCAGAGUUGUUUUACUCACUUGAACUAGAAACAAGCGUGUUGAAUGGGGAAUAUCAUUUGUAUGCUACCUAAGUACAGGCAAGAUCUCACGAGCCUGGAGCACGGGGAUGCACCUGCCUUUCUUAUCCGACCUCUAAAAGCGCUGCGCCACUCCGGAUCUGACAGAGCCGUCAGUUUACACCUUCUUUGAUGGGAUAAGUAAAUUUAUGACAAGUCAAACCCCAGUCCGAAAAGAGUAAUCCGCUCUCGGACCGAUUUCCUUUCUCAUUAGAAUAUCACCAACAUUCCGCAUGGUUCUUUGGUCGAAAGAACAAGACAAACUGUCCGAAAUGUCCACCGGUGAGAUAGAGAUGAAGAAGGAGGCGGUGGCACCGGCAUAUCACCAGUCGAACGGGUCGGUGCACCCGGUCAUCCUGUCGGAAAGCACCCAGGAGGUGCAGCAGGAGGCAGGGGAGUACGAGCUCACCGAGGUGACCUCCUUCACGGACCGAGGCGACCAGGAGAGCGACCGGUCAGAGAUGGUGGUCAUUGACUCUCGGGCUAACGCCAAGGGGCAGCGGGAGGAAGACGCACUCCUGGAGAACGCCAGCCAAAGCAACGAGAGUGACGACACCAAUACGGACCAAAGCCCGGUGCCACCACCCCUGCUCAAAGAGACAUCCUUUUCCAUUGGACUUCAGGUCGUCUUCCCAUUCCUGCUGGCCGGGUUUGGAACAGUGGCGGCGGGCAUGGUGUUGGACAUGGUGCAGCAUUGGCAGGUGUUCACUGAGGUGAGCGAGGUGUUCAUCCUGGUGCCGGCACUCCUCGGGCUUAAGGGCAACCUUGAGAUGACCCUCGCCUCCAGGCUGUCCACAGCGGCUAAUAUUGGCCAGAUGGACACGGCCAAGGACAAGUGGAAGAUGAUCAUGGGAAACCUAGCCCUCAUUCAGGUCCAGGCCACCGUGGUGGGAUUCCUGGCCUCCAUUGCCGCCGUGAUCUUUGGCUGGAUCCCAGAGGGCAAGUUUAAGCUGGGCCACGCCGUGCUCCUGUGUGCCAGCAGUGUUGCCACGGCCUUCAUCGCCUCACUGUUGCUGGGCCUCAUCAUGAUUGGCGUGAUCAUCGGCUCCAGGAAAGUGGGCAUCAACCCCGACAACGUGGCCACGCCCAUCGCUGCCAGCUUGGGUGACCUAAUCACACUGGCGUUGUUAGCAGGCAUCAGCACAGGGCUCUACAAGGAACUGGACAACAACGACUACGCCAACCCGCUGGUGUGUGCCUUCUUUGUGGCUCUCACUCCCAUCUGGGUGCUGAUCGCCCGCCGGAUCCCAUCUACCAAAGAGGUGCUGUACUCGGGGUGGGAGCCUGUCAUCAUCGCCAUGGCCAUUAGCAGUGUUGGGGGGCUCAUCCUGGAUAAAACGGUGUCCGACCCAAACUUUGCCGGCAUGGCCGUCUUCACCCCCGUCAUCAAUGGCGUGGGAGGGAACCUGGUGGCGGUGCAGGCCAGCCGCAUCUCCACCUACCUGCACAUGAAUGGGCUGCCCAUGGGAGUGCCCGACCCUACAGCAUCAAACAAAUGCCCCACGCCCUGCACUACUUUUUUUGGGUCAAGUUUGAACUCUCGUUCGGCCCGAGUGCUCUUCCUGUUAGUGGCUCCGGGUCACCUUGUCUUCCUCUACACCAUCAACACCAUGCAGGGUGGACACACCACCCUCACCCCCAUAUUCAUUGGAUUCUAUAUGGCUGCAGCUCUCCUGCAGGUGUCACUCCUGCUUUACCUGGCAAACUGGAUGGUCCAGUGGAUGUGGGGGAGAGGGAUGGACCCCGAUAACUUCUCCAUUCCGUACUUGACGGCGCUGGGGGACCUGCUGGGGACCGGCCUCCUGGCCCUCUGCUUCCACGUCCUGUGGCUGAUCGGGGACCGGGACACAGACGUGGGCGACUGAAGCCCUCUGGCUCUCUCACCUGCAUGUCCCACCUCUCCUCCCCACCAGUGCGCCAGUCAGUGCAUUACUCUACGCCGCAAAAAAAAAAAGAAAUGAAAUAUGCCUGUAUGUUGAUCUUGUUAUAAGUUGUUGCUGACUCGAGGGUCCUCAUUAUUUUUCAAUGGGGCAACUCCUCCUCUCUUCUAGUGUAAAAGAAAUGAUGAAGUUACACUAGAAGUUUUAGCCGAUAUAUAAAAAAAGGCAAAAAACGCAAACAUAGAAUGCAAAUCACCAAGUGCUACAUGUGCUGAGAUGUAAAUGAGUAUUUAAUUAAAAACUAAAAUAAUGUUUUAGCGAAGGAAGUGCAAGCUCCAGUUCUCCAACGGAACUCUCAAUCCUCCCGACUGAAUGCAAAAAAAAAAAAAAAACAGACAAACAAACAAUGGAAGUUUUUUGGACCAGAAUGAAGUGACCUGAACACGCUUAGACGACCUCUCUUUUGUCAGAGGUGUAUGUUUGUGCUUCUUUGUAUAGCUUAAUCCCCACUUUAGCCUUAGCCGGCCCCUUGCCAAGCCUGGUGGCUCUCUCGUGAGACGGAAGAGUUUCGCGCUGACCCCGGUCACAAAGGUCGCUCACUGUAUAGGUCAGAGAGUCCUGCCCCUCAUGUGCGUGAUGCCGUAGGCCGUCACAACCACCUCAGACCCACCCGCCCUCUCAGUCUUAAGGGACUCCAUUGUUCCUUCUUAAAUCCUGUUGGACCGGAGCUCGUGAAUUAAUAAUUUUUUUUCUCUGUUUACUUACCACAGUUAACGUCAAAAUGUGCAUAGAACUAGGCGGCUGCUCCUUAGAUGUGCAGGCAUGAAUACUGUCCUCUCAUUGGUUAGAUAGAGCUCAUUGUGCGGACUGUUGUUGCACUCACUGUGUGCAGUACUUUUCAGUUUUUCCAGUGCCGCUUGGAAUGAUUUAUAAUAUGGCUAGAUAAUGGAAUCAGAAGGACAGUUGUUAGGUUGUGUUUUUGACAUGAGUGUAAAAAUGAAGAUGGCAUUACUUGCUCCUAAUUCCACACACUGUAACACACUUCAGAUGAAAGGGUGGUGAGCGAUGAGAGAAUGGCCAUCGGCAGAGAAUAAGUCAUGAGUGGAACUCCCUUUAAUCUCCUAGUAACUGUCAAACUGCAUUCUAAAUGAAAAAAAAAACAAGCUACCAGCAACACUAAUGUAUAUUUGCUUUUAUGACAACACAUAAUGGAGAACUUUUCUAAAAGAUGAUUUUUGAAGUAGAAGCUAACUAAGAUUAUGGUGACUGGCUAUAAGGGCUAUAUGUAGGGUGUCUGCUCUCUGACACACCAAGGGAAAUGCUCUGGCAGUAUGUCUACAGGGCAAAGUCGUCAGGCUGAAGACCAUGGGAUCGAUGCAAAAGAAUCCCCCCUCUGGGGUUCUCAGGCUACCACAAUACCCACUGCAGUUAGAAGCUCAUUUAGGGCAUGGCUCAAACAGAACAUGUAGAGAGGCUUCAUUAAGGCAUGGCUGAAAUAGAAAACUUGAAGUGAAUGGCCAUUUUUUUUUUAACAGCAUGGCUCGAAUGGACCUGAUUUUCUUUACCUCGGUACAUGAACCCAGGAGGGAAUAAAAUCAAUAAACCAACAACAAAUGAGCAAACAAAACGUUCAACUAUGGCAACCCAUAGCACUCACCAAUGCACUCUGUAGCAGCAGCUGCUGAUAAUGCAAUUAUAUGCAACUAAACUGUAGUUGCAGUUAAAUGCAACUGACCACUAACCAUUGUAAUGCCUGGUAUUGUCCUUAAAAUGAGCCCUUAAGUCUUAUUAUAUGUGCAGCGGUAAUGACGCUGCUGUUUUGAAAUGCAAUUUCUCUUGUCCAUGGAGAAAGGAGGCUCAUCUAUUUUAUGUAAGCCUGUGGGGUCCACCUGUUUAUGCUGUGCAGGGCACAUGAAUUGCAUUGUUUGAUGAACUUGUACUUUCACCUGGCAUACCAUUUCUUCAGCAUUACAUUACACAGCAUAUUUUUUCCCUUAUGUAUGUUCCUUUACUUUCACCAAUUUCUUGAAUUGUUUAUUCUACGCUGAUCAGACGCCAGUGAGCAUGUCUUACUGUGGCAACCUGAGGUGAGAUCACUGCUGUGCUAAACGUACUGUAAUUCUAUGGCCACAGGAGGGCGCUGUUGGCAUCUCAAAGUACAGCUCGGAGGAUGGCCGCCAGGUUUGCAUGCACAAGCUUGUGCUUCUACACAUCCCGAGUGUUCGUCUCUGUUCCUUGGUGUAACUCACCUGUUGCCAUGACACCACUGCCUGGCUGCGAACACUCACCUGUUGCCAUGGCGCGGCUGUCUGGCUGUGAAUAAUUCUUCAGGGUGUGGGCCGCUUUGUUUUAUUUAUUUUUUAGAUGUAUUCAAAGCGAAGUUGUAUAUAAUAUAUAUAUUUAUUCUAUAAAUAAGUUGUCUAUUUUUCAUUUUAUUUUGUCUGUCUCUCAGCUCAUGUUUGUUUCGUAUUGGGCCAGUAGACAUGCCUUGUUUGCCCCCUUUAAGAAAACAUGGCAAACCUAACAAACAUAUCAGACAUGUGGUGCCUAAUAUCUGACAGAAACCUCACAUUUGCGCUCUCCACUGCGCUGACUGUAGAACUAUGCCUUAACUAAAUCACCGGCAAGGUUUUAAACAAGAGAAAAGUAGUUUUUAAGAGCUUUUAUCAAUUUGUUUUUAUCUUUUUUUUUAAUUCUGUGAAUUGAUUUUUAUGUUGUAAUGAUUACAUUUUACUCGUGGUAAGACACAACUGUGCACAAAAGCAACCGACUGCUGUGUUACCGUCUGUAUGGGGUGGUGGUGUGUUAGUAUGUGGCCCUGAACACAGAAACAGACUGCUGUGUUAAACGUCUGUAUGGGGUGGUGGUGUGUUAGUAUGUGGCCCUGAACACAGAAACAGACUGCUGUGUUAAAUGUCUGUAUGGGGUGGUGGUGUGUUAGUAUGUGGCCCGGAACACAGAAACAGACUGCUGUGUUAUCGUCUGUAUGGGGUGGUGGUGUGUUAGUAUGUGGCCCUGAACACAGAAACAGACUGCUGUGUUAAACGUCUGUAUGGGGUGGUGGUGUGUUAGUAUGUGGCCUUGGCCUGCCUGAGGGUAAAGGUGUCUGUCAGAUCAUACAUACUGGGCUCUGGAUUGAACUAUAGGAUGGGUUGAGGGCUCAACACAGUGCCACCAUAUUGCUGUCUGCACCAGCACCACUACCAUCCUUCAGUCUCUCCUCUGCUGUAAUGGGGAUUCAACAGUGGUACUUGUAAAUUUGCUGGAAUAAAAAAAAUAAAGAAAAUCUAUUAUUUCGUAUCAA